AUGUUUUAUCCUGAUCAAGCACAGGACCCCACCAUCACAGGACCCCACCCUCACAGGACCCCACCCUCACAGGACCCCACCCUCACAGGACCCCACAGGACCCCACAGGACCCCACCCUCACAGGACCCCACCAUCACAGGACCCCACCAUCACAGGACCCCACCAUCACAGGACCCCACCCUCACAGGACCCCACCAUCACAGGACCCCACCAUCACAGGACCCCACCAUCACAGGACCCCACCCUCACAGGACCCCACCCUCACAGGACCCCACCAUCACAGGACCCCACAGGACCCCACCCUCACAGGACCCCACAGGACCCCACAGGACCCCACCCUCACAGGACCCCACCAUCACAGGACCCCACCAUCACAGGACCCCACCAUCACAGGACCCCACCAUCACAGGACCCCACCCUCACAGGACCCCACCCUCACAGGACCCCACAGUCACAGGACCCCACCGUCACAGGACCCCACAGGACCCCACCAUCACAGGACCCCACCAUCACAGGACCCCACAGGACCCCACAGGACCCCACCGUCACAGGACCCCACCAUCACAGGACCCCACCAUCACAGGACCCCACCAUCACAGGACCCCACAGGACCCCACAGGACCCCACCCUCACAGGACCCCACAGGACCCCACAGGACCCCAUCGACCCCACCCUCACAGCACCCCACAGGACCCCACCCUCACAGCACCCCACCAUCACAGGACCCCACCCUCACAGGACCCCACCAUCACAGGACCCCACCCUCACAGGACCCCACCCUCACAGACCCCACCGUCACAGGACCCCACAGGACCCCACAGGACCCCACAGGACCCCACAGGACCCCACCAUCACAGGACCCCACCGUCACUCAUUUAGUCAUCAACUAA